UAUUGUUGUUGCUGUGUCAUCCUAGUCGUCUUCUAAUUAGAUAUAUUGAAUAUGGAUUAAAUGUUUUCCUCGCAUGAAACCAAAAGCAUCCCUUGCAAAAGGAGCAUUGAACAAAUUCAUGUCUUCCAAUCAAAGACAAACUAAGAUUUGCACGCGUCUCUGCAAGCUUCGCCGCCAAUACGGUAGUAAAAAAUGUGAAAGAGAGACCGCAAGCUAGCCCCGAACCCACCUCAAUCCUCUAAGAUUAUAUUUCUGUCGUGAGAAAAUUCAGCAAAUUGGAACAAGAAAAGAGUGGAAAAUGUUUCCCGAAUUGUUUUGGCCAUCGAUUCUUCUCACUCUUGGAGUAAUCCUGCUUCCCUUGAUCGCAUUUCAUCUGUUGCAGAAGAAGAACAGAACCCCUACUGCAACUCCAAGUGUUCCCGACGAGACCGACAGAAUCUCUACAUCGUCCGCCGGAUGGGAUUACGAAGUUUUCUUGAGUUUCAGGGGCAAGGACAUCCGCAAAAGCUUCACGGAUUUCCUCUACAACGAUCUGGUAGACGCCGGGAUUCGCACUUUCAGAGACGACGACGAACUCCCGAUCGGCGAAAAAAUCGCUACGGAGCUUCUCAAAGGCAUCGAGAACUCGAAAAUCUCCAUUCCGAUCUUCUCCACAGACUAUGCCUCAAGUAAAUGGUGCCUAAAUGAGGUCACGCACAUGGUGAAGUGCAAGCAAACAAUGGGGCACAUGAUCCUGCCCAUUUUCUACGACGUUGAUCCUUCGCAGGUGCGACACCAGACGGGGUGUUACGAGAAGGCGUUUCGCCAACACAAGAAGCAUUUUGAGGAGGGCUUAGUUGAAGGGUGGAAGAAGGCUUUGAGAGAGGUUGGGGCAUUGAAGGGAUGGGAGCUGAAGAACAUCGCUGAUGGGCAUCAAGGAAAACUAAUAAAAAUGGUUGUUUCGAAGGUAUGGAGGGAGUUGAAGAAGACCUCUUUGGUUGUGACUAAUGACUUGGUUGGGAUUGAUUACCACCUGGAGGAAACUAUGAGAUUGUUGAGUGUUGACUUGAGUGAUGUUCGAAUUAUUGGAAUUCAUGGAAUGGGAGGAAUUGGCAAGACAACAAUUGCCAAGGUCAUCUACAACCAACUAUCCCGAUGCUUUGAUUCUUGUAGCUUCCUCGCGGAUGUUCGAGAAACAUCACAACAACACAAGGGUCUUGUCUAUUUGCAAAAUCAACUUAUCUCUAACAUCCUCAAAAGGAAAUGCCAGGAUAUUAGUGAUGCUGAUGAAGGAAUCAACACGAUUAAAGAUAGACUUUGCAAUAAGAAAGCGCUCAUUGUGCUUGAUGAUGUGGAUCACAGACAUCAGUUGAAUGCACUUGCAGGAAGUCAUGAUUGGUUUGGUAGCGGAAGUAGAAUUAUUAUUACAACUAGAGAUAAAAAUAUUCUCAGCAUUCCUGAGGUUGAUUCAACUUAUGAACCCAAAGAAAUGGACUUUAAUCAAUCUCUCCAACUUUUUAGUAGGCAUGCAUUUAGAAGGGACUAUCCUCCUGAAGACUACAUUACUCUCUCUAGCGAUGCUGUGGACACAGCUGCAGGGCUUCCUCUAGCUCUUGAAGUUAUAGGUUCACUUUUAUCUGGCAAGAAAAAAAGUGUAUGGGAGGACACAUUGAAAAAGUUGAAAAAAGUGCCAGAAGGCCAAAUCCAGAAAAAGUUAAGAAUAAGUUAUGAAGCAUUAGAUCAUGAACAGAAACAAAUAUUUCUUGAUAUUGCUUGUCUUUUUAUUGGAAUAGACAAAAGAAUUGUAGUUUACAUGUGGGAUGAUUGCGAUUUUUUCCCGGAAAAUGGAAUUGAAGUCCUCCUCCUUAUGUCUCUGGUAAAGAUUGGAGAUGGUAAUGAGUUGAGGAUGCAUGACCAACUUAGGGACCUUGGAAGGGAAAUUGUUCGUCAGGAAAAUUACAAGGAACCUUGGCUGCGUAGUAGGCUGUGGUCUCAUGAUGAAUGCUUUGACAUGCUGGUGAGAAAGAUGGGAACAGCCAAGGUUGAAGCCCUUUGUCUCAACUUUGGAUUUGGGUCACAAGGGCACUGCUUUACAAGUGAAGAAUUUGUAGCACUAUACAAUCUGAGGUUUCUUCAAUUAGAUCAUGCAAAUCUGGCUGGAGAUUUUAAGCGUCUCCUUUCGCAGUUAAGAUGGCUCCAUUGGAAUGGAUGCCCUGGGAAUUUUUCACCAACCAAUUUUCAUUUAGAUAAUUUAGUCAUUCUUGAUCUAUCAUGGAGUAAAAUUACACAAAGCUGGGAAGGCUGGGGCCAUAUUGAGAUGACAAAAAAGCUAAAAGUUUUAAAUCUCACUAACUGCAUUCACUUAAUCAGAACUCCCGACUUCUCUGCAUACGCAGCAUUAGAGAGAUUGAUUCUUGAAGAUUGUGGAAAUUUGGUUCACAUUGAUCCAUCCAUUGGUCAUCUCAAGCAUCUGGUUUUCCUAAACAUGCGGAGAUGCACUAAGCUAAACAACCUGCCUCUUGAAAUGGUUUCUAUGGGAGCUUUAAAAGAACUUCUCGUUGAUGGAACUUCUAUACAGACAGUUCCAGUCUGUAAGGGUCAUAUGAAGAGCCUUGAGAUUCUUAGUGCAACCGAAUGUGCAUCAUUGACUCAAGUCUCAUGUUCAAUUGGUCGGCUUACUUCUCUAUCUCACCUUACACUUGAUUUUACAAGCAUUGUUAAACUACCAGACUCAAUUGGAUUACUGGUGAAACUGCAGAUCUUGUCCUUAACAUAUUGUCGGCAGUUAAAAGAAAUUCCAGAAUCAAUUGGAAAAUUGAAAUCACUAAUGGAGCUGCACCUGUUUGCAGCAACAGUUACAGAAAUACCAGAUACUGUUGGCAAUCUAAGAAAUUUGAGGGUGCUUGACAUUGAUACUAGCAUGGUGAAGAAGUUUCCGAGUUCUAUUGGAAUGUUAGAGAAGCUUGAAGAAAUACGUGCUUGGCACUGUUAUAAUUUGGAAGGGGAUAUUCCUAGCGAUCUUGGCAAACUGUCCUCUCUAAGAAUCCUGAGUUUAGAUUGCACCAAAAUUCGCAGUCUGCCAGUAAGCAUUUCUGGGCUUUCUUGCCUCCAAUCUCUGGGAUUAAUAGGCUGCAAAGAGCUUCAACCAUUGCCAGAGCUUCCCUCUAGUUUGACAAGCCUACGCAUUACUUGUGUUUCAAUGGAGACAUUUCCACAUCUUCUGACCCUGAUUAAUUUGAAGGAGUUGUGCUUUUCAAACUGCUUUAAAUUGGUGGAAAUUCCUAGCGAGAUUGGAAAAUUAUCCAAAUUGGAGACCUUAAAAUUUUACAAAACCAACAUUAGUAUCCUACCAGCAAAUAUUAGUGAACUUUCUCGGCUCCAGGAACUUGCUGUUGAAGAUUCUGAAAAAAUUCAGUAUUUUCCAGAGCUUCCCUCUAGUCUGUUUAAGCUAUGUGUUCAAGUAUGUGAAUCACUGGAAACAUUGCCAUGUCUUUCAAAUCUAAAGAAUUUGUCAUAUUUAAUGCUUGGUGGGUGCUUAGAGCUAACAAGGAUUGAAGGCCUUGGAGGAUUAGAAUUGCUGGCAAGUUUGGAUGUGUCUGAGUGUGAAAAGCUAUCCACACUUGAUGGGCUUGAACGGUUGGGAUAUCUAAGGGAAUUGAACAUAUCAAAGUGCACAUCCCUGGAAAGAUUGCCAGAUCUAUCAAACCUAAAGAACCUGAGAAAACUACUUGCUCUGCAUUGCAACAAGCUGAUCGAGAUUCAGGGCCUCGACCAAUUAAAAUCCUUGGAAAAAUUAAAAAUGAGUUGCAUCUCCAUGAACAGACUGCCUGAUUUGUCAAACUUGGAAAUGUUGAGAGGCAUGGAGCUCAUCCAAUGCGAGAAGUUACAAGAAAUUGAAGGCCUUGAUGUUUUAGAAUCCUUGGAGAGACUUGACAUGUCACAGUGCACAUCUCUUCAAAGAUUACCAGACUUGUCAAACCUUAUAAAGUUGAAGAGUUUACAGCUUCAUGGGUGCAAGAAACUAACGGAGAUCCAGGGACUUGAGAAAUUGAAAUCCCUAACAAACUUGGAUAUUUCUGGGUGCACUUCACUUGACAGGGAAAAAUUACCGAAGGAUCUGCCCUACAUAAAAAAGGUCAAGGGUCUGUGAAGGCGACUUUGUGGCAAAAACUCGGAGACCCUGAGAGACCGGUAGGUCGUGGCCGCCGUUGAGUGAGUUGAGCUUCCCUGCUAGAAGGGUAAGCUUUGAUCUAAGAUUAGAAGAUUUUUGUUGUAAGAUCCUAGGUCUAUUUUGAUGUUUUGGAAAUUGUAUUCAAAUACUGUAUUUUGGGAAUGUAGUAGACUCUGGUAUUAUGUAAUUAAUGGUUUGAUGGAUGUAAUGUAUUUUUACUGCUGCUUAGGUUUAUGUUGUUUAUGCCAGGCUAUCCCCGCUACCCACGGGUUCGAG